GUCAGUCAGCGCGGCGGCGGCGGGACGCGGUGAGGGGAGUACGCGCGGUAACGGAGCCGGAGCGCGGCCGGGAGGAGCGGCGAGGGAAGACGCGAGGGGGGGGGAAAGAGAAGGAAAAAGAAAAAAAAAAAAAAGAGAAUUAGGGGAAGAGAAUUAAAAAUUAAAAUAUAAAAGAAGCCACCUGCGUUUCCUCUGACCGGUAGGAAGAAGGUAUUUCGCGAGCGGCGCGCUGUGCCCCUCCGCCGGCUGCGAUGCUGCUAGCCGCCCUGCUGCCCUGGACGCUGGUGUUGCUCGGAGCCGCAGCCUCUCUACAAGUGGACAUUGUUCCAAGCCAGGGGGAGAUCAGUGUUGGAGAAUCUAAGUUCUUCUUAUGUCAAGUGGCAGGGGAGGCCAAAUACAAAGACAUUUCCUGGUUUUCUCCUAAUGGUGAGAAGCUGACGCCGAACCAGCAGCGCAUCUCAGUGGUGCGAAACGAUGACUUCUCCUCCACCCUCACCAUCUACAACGCCAACAUCGAUGAUGCUGGCAUCUAUAAAUGUGUUGUCAGUAGCGUGGAGGAGGGAGACUCCGAGGCCACCGUCAAUGUGAAAAUUUUCCAAAAGCUGAUGUUCAAGAAUGCUCCUACUCCGCAGGAAUUCAAGGAAGGGGAUGAUGCUGUGAUUGUGUGUGAUGUGGUCAGCUCACUGCCUCCUACCAUCAUCUGGAAACACAAAGGCAGGGAUGUUAUCCUAAAAAAAGAUGUUCGAUUUAUAGUCCUGUCCAACAACUACCUGCAGAUUCGGGGAAUCAAAAAAACGGAUGAAGGGAUAUACCGCUGCGAGGGCCGGAUCCUGGCUCGUGGAGAGAUCAACUUCAAAGACAUUCAGGUCAUCGUCAACGUACCUCCUUCUGUGCGCGCCAGACAGAGCACUAUGAAUGCCACCGCCAACCUCAGCCAGUCUGUCACCUUAGCGUGUGAUGCUGAUGGCUUUCCUGAGCCAACCAUGACGUGGACAAAGGAUGGAGAGCCCAUAGAAGAGGUCGAUGAUGAAGAGAAAUACAGUUUUAACUACGAUGGGUCUGAGCUCAUCAUCAAGAAGGUGGAUAAGAGUGACGAAGCAGAAUACGUCUGCAUUGCUGAGAACAAGGCUGGCGAGCAGGAUGCCACCAUUCAUCUCAAAGUCUUUGCAAAACCCAAAAUCACCUAUGUGGAGAAUAAAACAGCCAUGGAGCUGGAGGAUCAGAUAACGCUGACCUGUGAGGCUUCUGGGGACCCAAUCCCUUCCAUCACUUGGAGAACUUCCACCCGGAACAUCAGCAAUGAAGAGAAGGCUUCAUGGACCCGGCCCGAGAAACAAGAGACCCUGGAUGGGCGCAUCAUAGUACGUAGCCAUGCCCGGGUGUCGUCCCUGACUCUCAAAGAAAUUCAGUACACAGAUGCCGGAGAAUAUGUAUGCACAGCCAGCAACACCAUCGGGCAGGACUCCCAGGCCAUGUAUCUUGAAGUGCAGUAUGCCCCCAAGCUUCAGGGCCCUGUGGCUGUCUAUACCUGGGAGGGGAAUCAAGUGAACAUCACCUGUGAGGUAUUUGCUUACCCCAGUGCUGUCAUCUCCUGGUUCCGGGAUGGACAGCUGCUUCCUAGCUCAAACUACAGCAACAUCAAGAUCUACAACACUCCAUCAGCAAGCUAUCUGGAGGUGACACCAGACUCUGAAAAUGACUUUGGGAACUAUAACUGCACUGCUGUGAACCGCAUUGGCCAGGAGUCCUCAGAGUUCAUUCUUGUGCAGGCAGAUACUCCGUCCUCUCCUUCCAUUGACAGAGUGGAGCCCUAUUCCAGUACUGCCCAGGUGGAGUUCGAUGAGCCUGAAGCUACCGGCGGGGUGCCCAUCCUCAAGUACAAAGCGGAGUGGAGGGCACUGGGCGAGGGGGAAUGGCACUCGAGGUUGUAUGAUGCCGAGGAAGCAAAUGUGGAGGGCAUGAUCACUAUCACUGGCCUGAAACCUGAAACAACCUACUCUGUGAGACUGUCUGCGGUCAAUGGCAAGGGCGUGGGUGAGAUCAGCCUGCCAUCCGACUUCAAGACACAACCAGUUCGCAUCCCUCACUCACGGGAACCCAGCGCGCCCAAACUGGAAGGUCAGAUGGGAGAAGACGGAAACUCCAUUAAAGUGAAUGUUAUCAAGCAGGAUGAUGGUGGCUCCCCAAUAAGACAUUAUCUGAUCAAAUACAAAGCUAAGCAUUCCUCAGAAUGGAAACCAGAGAUCAGACUCCCGUCUGGCAGUGACCACGUCAUGCUCAAGUCCCUGGACUGGAAUGCGGAGUAUGAGGUUUAUGUGAUAGCUGAAAACCAGCAAGGGAAGUCCAAACCAGCUCACUAUGCUUUCCGAACUUCUGCUCAGCCUACUGUCAUCCCAGCCAGCACUAGCCCUACAUCAGGCCUGGGGACUGCUGCCAUCGUAGGCAUUCUCAUCGUUAUCUUCGUGCUGCUCCUGGUGGCUGUGGACGUCACCUGCUACUUCCUGAACAAGUGUGGCUUGCUGAUGUGCAUUGCUGUCAACUUAUGCGGCAAAUCCGGCCCAGGAGCCAAAGGCAAAGACAUGGAGGAAGGCAAAGCCGCCUUCUCGAAGGACGAGUCCAAGGAGCCUAUUGUGGAGGUGCGGACUGAAGAGGAGCGGACCCCCAACCACGAUGGGGGAAAACACACAGAGCCCAAUGAGACCACCCCACUGACAGAGCCAGAGCACCCUGCCGAUACCGCAGCCACUGUUGAGGACAUGCUGCCUUCUGUAACUACGGGCACCACUAACUCUGACACUAUCACUGAAACCUUUGCCACUGCUCAGAACAGCCCCACCAGCGAGACCACCACGCUGACCUCCAGUAUUGCCCUGCCAGCCACGGCCAUUCCUGACUCAAACGCCAUGUCACCUGGCCAGGCUACUCCAGCCAAAGGGGCAGCCACCUCAGUCUCUUCACCACCACCCUCCUCCACCCCCAAAGUGGCCCCCCUUGUUGAUCUCAGCGAUACCCCAAGCUCUGCUCCAGCUACUAAUAAUUUGUCUUCAAGUGUCCUGUCCAACCAAGGUGCAGUGCUCAGCCCCAGCGCUGUUGCUAACGUGGCCGAGACCUCCAAAGUGGCAGCUGGUAACAAGCCGGCUGCCCCAAGCCCUGCAAACCUCACUAGUCCUCCAGCUCCGUCAGAGCCCAAGCAGGAGGUCUCCAGCACCAAGAGCCCUGAAAAGGAGCCUGUGCAGCCCAGCACAGUGAAGAGCCCAACAGAGACAACCAAGAACCCAAGCAAUGUGAAGAGUGAGGCUGCUUCAGGCAGCACCACAAACCCCUCCCAGAAUGAGGACUUUAAAAUGGACGAAGGGACCUUCAAGACACCAGACAUUGAUCUUGCAAAGGAUGUUUUUGCAGCUCUUGGCACUACCACUCCUGCCAGUGUGACUAGCGGGCAAGCUCGCGAGCUUGCUUCUUCCACUGCAGACAGCUCUGUACCUGCUGCACCUGCAAAGACCGAGAAAAUCCCAGUAGAAGACAAAUCUGAAGUGCAAGCAACGGGAGCUAAGACACCUCCAGCAGAAGUCAAGACGGUCCCCAAUGAAGCCACACAAACAAAUGAAAAUGAGAGCAAAGCAUGAUCAGCGACAGAUGAAAGCAAAUGACAGAACAACUUCACCCAAGCAUAUAAAACACAAAACACAACACACAUCUCAUUCCUCUAGUGUCUGUUGCCUUUUUUUAAAAAAAAACAAACAAAACAGAAAAUGCAUAAAUGGGGGGCGGGGGGGAAUCUCUCUCUUUUUCUUUUCUUCUCUUUUCUUUACUUUUUUUUUUUUAAAAAAAAGAUUUCUAGAAAGGUUCUAUUUGUUGUGCACUUGCUUUUAAAAAGUAAUACAUUUUAAAAACAGGGUUAAACCCGUAACCAAAUCAGGGCUUAGCUGACCCUGUGUAUAUUCAAAUAAGCAAAAUUGCAAAUACCAUUUGCAGCGUGGUUGGGAAGCUCAAAAUCAACUAGUCCUAGACAUUAAAAAAAAAAAAAAAAAAAAGACAAAAAAAAAAGAAAAGACCCUGUUCUUUCCUUCGUUAGUAUAGCAGAUAUAACCACUGUACCUCUUGGUACGGCUGGUACUUAAUGAACAAAGUCCACAAUUUAUUUUUAUACUUUUCAUCGAGUUUGAAAUAUGUAAAGCCUCAUAAAUAAGUUAUAAUUUCUGUUCACCUUGUAUUUGUUCAGUAUGCAAAGUGUCUUGAGCUCUUUGUGACUGAAUUCUGUUCUCCACGUUAGACAUUUAUUUGGGUUUAAUUAUCGGGUUUUAGGAAGAAUGCCAAAAUUGCAGCUUCGGGGAUGUAUUUCAAUUUGCAGUAUUCAGACUCUAUAUUUCUUUAAAUUUUAUGUUAAUUUUUGCCAACUUUUGUUCUUUCCAGUGUUUACAAUUGACAAAUAUUUUUUUUAACUUUUGUUGUGUUUAAAUGUAUGUGUAAAAUAGCUGCCUUUUUUUUUUUUAAGUAAAUACAGUCUAUAGAUACUAGGUUAGCAGCAUGCUUGCUUUGCAAAGGGAGACAUUUUAAAACAUGGAUGUUUACAGUAGUUGUUUCCCCUUUAUCUUUUCUUAAUUAUUGUUAUUAUUAUUGUUAUUAUUAUUAUUAUUAUUAUUAUUAUUUCUUACUGGAGUAAGAAGAAAAGUGAUGCUGGGGUUUGGUUUGGGGUUUUUUGGGUGGGUGGGGGGGUAUUCAAACCACUUGUCACCAACCAAGGUCUUUAUCCAGCAAUCCACAGAAACACGUGCUUAACUUGGAACAGGAGAGUUGCUGGUGCGAGUCCUUCUAUACUUAAAUUUAGUAAGAGUUUAAGUCCCUUGCUGGACCUGGGCCUGACUGCAUAAGAGAAAUAUCAUCUCUGCUUUUUUAGGACAUUCUCCCCCUUUCCUUCAUGGAACCCUCCCAGAGCUUUGAGAAGCAGAAGGGAGAUUGUACAGGUAGGGCUGGCCUGGUCCCUCAUCUCAGAUGUUUGACUACAUCAAUUCCUCCUUAGUCCGUCAGGAAGUGCCGUUUCCUUUGACCCUAGAAAGCUGACUGAAAAGCAGAGACUUUUUGCACAAGGGUGCUUGGCAGCACGCAAGCCCCCCCCCCCCCCCCCCCCCCCCCCCCCGAAGCCAGCUCCCUGGGCAGCUGGGUGACCCUUGUGGGUCCCUUCCAGCUGAACCGUCCUGUCACCUCGCUUGUACCGAGUCACCCAGCUCUGCUCCGCAGAACCAAAACUGUGAAAUCAAGAGCAAGUGCUUGGAGAUCAGCGCCAGGGCUCCCCGUGCUUCACUUGUCCUGGUGCCGUGUCUUUAGCAGCUGGGUCAGGGGGUGACGUGGUGCGUGCGCCCUCAUUAUGGAGGGGGAGCUUAUCAGUGGCAUUUAUCGUUGAGAGUCACGGGGUAACACCGAGAUUUUGGGGUGAAAAGAAAGGAGGUUUGAGCAGAAGGAAGGCAGAGGUGUAUAGGGGAAGACCAGCCCAUUGUAUAGAGAUGUUCCUUCUGUUGGGGUUUUGGAUUUUUUUCUUUUUUUUUUUUUUUUUCCUUUUGUUUUCUUUUUUAUUCUACUUUAGAUCUGCAAGCUUGUGCACUGUGGAUGCGUGACUAUUUUAGUGUGAAAUGUGUUUUUUGUCAUAGUAUUGAAAUAAUAAAAGCUUCAACAUAGUUUGGAUGUGGAAGGUGUAGCGAUAGUUCAGAUUUGAAAAAAAAAAUAUUCAGGAAAAAAAAAAAAAAAAAAGAGAACAA